GAGCUACUGUAUCCAGUAUAAAUUCUAUUAUGUACAGUAAAUAUUAUAUUAAACUAAUGUUCGGUAUAAUAUUGCAUAUUAUUUCAGAGUUGGCUGGCGCGGUCUGGUUCUCCCUCUUGGGCUGCUACUAGAGGCAUCCGUUAUAACAGCUUUCAUUCAUGCACACUGGGAUUUUGAUCCUCUGUCCCUCAUAAAGGCAGUAGCUACAGGUUUCCAGUAAGUUUGGUAAUCAAUAUCUCACUUGACGGACCUCCACUUGCCUACGACACCUCUCUAAUAAGGGUACCUCUGAUACAGACACUUCUUUAAUACAAGCGCAUAUCUAAUGCAGACACCUUUCUAACACGGAGACCUCUCUAACACAGAGACCUCUCGAACACAGAGACCUCUCUAACACAGAGACCUCUCCGAUACAGACACCUUUCUGUCACGCCACCUGCCUCAUACGGGCACCUCUCUAAUCAAACUCGUACCCUCUCUAAUCGUACUCGGCUUCCAUGUGGGGAACUUUGAGGUGCCCCUCGUUACGAAGUUGUUCUCUAUUAUGGGCACUCCUCUAAUACGGAUACAUCUGUGAUACAGACACCUCUAUAUUACGGACACCUUAAUACGGACACCUACUUAAUACGAACACCUACAUGUAGGUCUCUAAUACGGAGACCUCUGCAAUACGGACAUCUCUCUACUACGGACAGUUCCAUACUUUCUCACAAAAUUCACAUACAGUAAUGACAUUGUGGUUAAUUUAUCUAGGCAGAAAUCUUUACAGGAAUACAUGCAAUACGUCUACCUCAAACCAUAUUGUCGUAUUCAAGUAUAUCUGGUUGGAUUUCUCCUGGGUUACGUCAUGCACAGAUAUAGCAACACAAAGACAAGACCACCCAGUUGGGUAAGCACAUUUGAAAACUCAGAGACUGUUUGUAUGGAGUUGAGCCUGGGUACCCGAGGUAGCUCACUUCAGAGACAAACUGAUCAUCCAAAAUGUUCAGAUGGACUAGCAAGUAGCAAACCAGAGGUCGCGGGUUCGAUUCCCACUGCGGUCAAGCAAACUUUUCAACUUGCCUGGUGUGGACACACUCAGAGACAACAUCACAAACAUAUUAUUUACAUCGUAUUUUAGAUGACGACACUACUUGGUUGGUCUGCAGCUGCAGUAUUGGCUAUGCUUCUUGUGUAUGGACCGCACAAGAGUAUAUUACCGGGGGCUGAGAAGUGGAAUAAAGCGGAAAAUGUCUUGUUUGGGACAUUUCAUAGGUUUUUGUGGGGCCUAGUACUAGUCUGGGUCACUUAUGCUUGUCAUUAUGGCGCUGGAGGUUAGUAUAGAUGCAUGUUCACUUUACUGAAAACUAAGAACAAACUUUAUUUAUACUAGAUAGAUGUUGAUGUUUUAUACUGUUCUCCUUGGAGGUCCAGUAAGGGCAAUCUAUUAUUACUUUAAGCACCUACGAAAAUCAGUUUUUUUGUGUUCCAGGUUUGGUUCAGAAGUUUUUAUCAGCAAGAUUCUGGAUUCCACUCAGUCGGCUAACGUAUAACGUCUAUCUCAUUCAUUACAUCAUAUUGAUUCUAAUGUUCUUUGGCGCCAAAGGAACUAUACAUUAUGAUCUAUACACAGCUGUAAGUACUGUAUAUAUCCCCAUUAACCCCCCCGUUCUUAUUUACUUCAUACAUGAUUGACAGGGGGGAGGGGCAUUGGGAGGUGGAACUAAAAUGCUUGACAAUUUUCAUUUCUUUAGACGUACUAUUUUCUUGCGAAUGUGAUGCUAUCCUACGGUGCUGCCUAUGUUCUCUCUGUGGUCAUCGAGUUUCCAUGUGCAAACCUGGAGGAGUUGAUUUUGAAAUACAUCAGAAAAGCUCGCAAGAGGGGAGACUAGGGUGUACCGCUGACAUGACGUGCAAAUUUCUAAAUUAUUCUAGAAGGCCCGGCUGAAUCUUGUCGUGCUGAAUCUAAAUCUCCCUAAAUGAUCUAAUUAAAGUUUUUUAUUCAAUGUUGAAAACCUGUUUUAAGACCCCUACUUUCUUGUAAUGUAAGUAGAUAGAUUAUAUAGAUGAUUGUAUUAUUAAACAAUGUUAUCAAAUUAUUCCAAAUCAAAGUGCUGGAUGACCGGAAGAAAGAUACUAAAUGAUUGAAAUGAGAAUUAUAGCCUUUCGCCGCCAUUUUUGGGGUACUUUUUUUCCAAUCCUGCGAGCUUACGUAACACCACGUAACGGCGACAUUUUAUAAUUUUAUGGGUGUACGAUGGUAAAUUUACUCUGUAAAUAGUUUGUUCUGAAAUAUUGCUUUUCACAUUGUUAUAAUCGUUUACGAAAAACUACAGUACCCCAAAAGUGGCGGCGUGAGAAAACUUUUUCAGAUAUUCUUCCGCUCUUUUAUGAGUGCA